AUGUACAUUCGCAUGCCUGUUGCACCGAAAAUACUGAUUGAGUUUGCCCCCUACGGAAAUUUACGAGACUUUCUAGUUAAACGUAGGCCUGGAGCAGUAAGGGACGUGGAGGAGCUGCCCUUACCACACCUGCGUGCGUCGCAUCUCAUUGAUUUCGGGCAGCAAGUUGCAAAUGGAAUGGACUAUAUUUCAAGACAACAUCGCAGAACACGGAUUGAUGCUUUUCAGUUUGUUCAUCGUGACCUCGCAGCACGAAACGUCCUUGUCGGAUCUAACUUUGAAGCUAAAAUAGCUGAUUUUGGGCUAGCGAGGAAGGCUCGCGACUGCUUUUGUGAUCAAAAUGAAGGUCCAAUGCCAGUAAGGUGGAUGGCUCCGGAAUCAAUAUCCCACCGUUGCUACACAAGGAAGAGUGACGUGUGGUCGUUCGGGGUUCUUCUAUGGGAAAUAUUCACUUUUGGUGGAUUUCCAUACCCAGCUUUCACGGAGGAUUCACUCCUAAGGGCAAUUCAGGCAGGGAUCCGAAAUCGUCAACCCCGAGCCUGCCCUGCCUCUGUCUACGAGUUAAUGCUUUCAUGCUGGUUCCUCGACCCCCUUCACAGACCAACGUUCAAGCAGAUCAUUGAUUUUUUGAGUCAAUCGUACGACAGAGCGAUUCGGUUCUCUUCAGAUAAUGAACUGGUGCCGGAGCCGCGCGAUGAAGGUGCGACUUCAGAAAGUGUGGAGUAUCAUGAGGAUAGUGGGACAAUUGACUUAUCAAAGUAUUGCUACGUGGAUCAAGGAACAUAUAUUUGA